AUGACUACCGUGAGAGGACUUAUAGAAGUAGCUGUAAAGAGAGGGUGGGACAUGUUUCAAAUAGAUGUGAAUAAUGCAUUUCUUCAUGGAAAUUUGAAUAAGGAAGUGUUUAUGGAGAUCCCACAUGGGUUAAUGGUGCCUGAAUCAGGGCUGGUUUGUAAGCUAAAUAAGUCUCUAUAUGGCCUGAAACAAGCCAGUAGGCAAUGGUAUGCCAAAUUAACAGAAGCACUUUGCUCCAGAGGUUAUGAGCAUUCUAUGCACGAUUAUUCAUUCUUCUAUAAAAUGAAUGGGGCAUCUUUGGUGUAUGUAGAAGUUUGCAGCUCCUUAUCAUCACCUCUUGACCCAAAUGUGAAACUCAAAGCAAAAGAAGGAGCUCCCCUGUCAGAUCGUAGCUGUUAUAGAAAAUUGAUUGGGAAACUGAAUUUCUUAACCAACACAAGAUUGGAUAUAGCCUUCAGUGUUCAACAUCUAAGCCAGUUUAUGCAAGAUCUAAGAGAACUACAUUUGAAGGCAGUCUAUCACCUGUUGAGAUACUUGAAGACUGAUCCUAGCCUAGGAAUUUUCUUUUCAAAAGAUGAUGACUACAUAGUGAAAGCAUAUUGUGACUUUGACUGGGCAUCUUGCCCAGACUCCAGGAAAUCAGUCACUGUCUACAUUGUCAUGCUGGGAAAUAGCCCCAUCAGCUGGAAAUCAAAGAAGCAGGAAACCAUUUCCUUGUCAUCAGCAGAAGCAGAAUAA